CAUAACUCAAGACAAUGUCAUAGAGGGUAAUAGAGAGAGAGAGAGAGAGAGAAAGAUGAGAAGUCAUGUACCAAACUACCACCAUCCUUACACCUUUGUCUUCGUCUUCAUUUUGUUUCCAGCUUUGGGUGCCUAUGCCAACACACUGUCGCCUACAGAAUCUCUCACUAUCUCAAACAACAAAACCAUUGUAUCUCGUAACGAGACCUUCGAGCUCGGUUUCUUCACUCCCGGAUCAAGUUCUCGUUGGUAUCUCGGGAUAUGGUACAAGAAAAUCCCCAUUAGAACCUACGUCUGGGUUGCCAACAGAGACAACCCUCUAUCUCGUCCCAACGGAUCUCUCAAAAUAUCUUACGACAAUAACCUCGUCAUUUACGAUCACUCCGACACACCUGUCUGGUCAACGAAUCUAACCGUUGGAGCUUCGAGAUCUUCACUGGUGGCAGAGCUUCUCGAUAACGGUAACUUCGUGCUCAGAGACUCCAACAGUAACGAGUACUUGUGGGAGAGUUUCGAUUUUCCGACAGAUACUUUACUUCCGGAUAUGAAACUGGGCUGGGAUAAAAAAACCGGUUUAGACCGAGUCUUGAGAUCCUGGAAAAGUGUAGAAGAUCCAGCAAGCGGCAAUUUCUGGACUAAACUCGAAACCAGAGGGUUCCCUGAGUAUUACGUAUUCAACAGAGAGACAAUUAUCUACCGGAGCGGUCCAUGGAUCGGAAACCGGUUUAGCUGCGUACCGGAGAUGAAACCAAUUGAGUACAUGGUUUACACUUUCAUAGCAAGUAACGAAGAAGUGAGUUACUCAUACCACAUGACCAAACCCGAAGUUUACUCCACAUUAAGCCUAAGCUACACCGGAACCAUACAGCGACGAAACUGGAUUGAGCAAUCACAGGCUUGGAAACAGUUAUGGUACCAACCAAAGGACAUAUGCGACAACUACAGACAGUGUGGUAAUUACGGUUAUUGCGAUUCCAACAGCUUGCCUAACUGUAACUGCAUCAAAGGGUUUGGGCUAGGAAAUGGGCAAGAGUGGGCUUUGAGAGAUGAUUCAGCCGGUUGCGUGAGGAAGACGAGGCUGAGUUGUGAUGGUAGAGAUGGGUUUGUGGUUGUGAAGAGGAUGAAAUUGCCAGAUACUGCGGCUACAGUUCUGGACAGAGGAAUUGGGCUGAAGGAGUGUGAAGCCAAGUGCCUACAAGAUUGUAACUGUACGGCUUAUGCUAAUACGGAUAUUCGUGAUGGCGGGUCGGGCUGUGUGAUUUGGAAGGGAGGUCUUUUCGAUAUCCGGAGUUAUGCAAAUGGUGGUCAGGAUCUCUACGUUAAACUAGCCGCUGCUGAUCUUGAUCAUGUCAAGAUAACAAGCCAUGGAACAAUCAUAGGUUCGGGUAUUGGAGUGACCAUUUUUCUUCUAAUAAUUAUCAUCAUCUUCAGCUAUUGGAAAAUAAAACAGAAGAGUGAUAUAACAAUUCAAACACCUCGUGUUGAUCAAGUGAGAAGCCAAUAUUUGCUAACAGACGAAGUGGUAUUAACAAGUGAGAGAUACAUAUCCAGAGAAAACAAAACUGAUGAUCUAGAGCUUCCAUUGAUGGAGUUUGAAGCUCUUGCCAUGGCAACAAACAGAUUUUCUGUCGCUAACAUGCUUGGACAAGGUGGUUUCGGUAUUGUUUACAAGGGAAUGUUACCUGAUGGGAAAGAAAUCGCAGUAAAGAGACUAUCUAAAAUGUCUUUACAAGGGACCGAUGAGUUCAAGAAUGAGGUCAGACUAAUUGCAAGGCUUCAGCACAUAAACUUGGUCAGGCUUCUUGGUUGUUGCGUCGAUAAGGGCGAGAAGAUGUUGAUAUAUGAGUACUUGGAGAAUCUAAGCCUUGAUUCUCAUCUCUUUGACAAAAUCCGACGCUCUAACUUAAGUUGGCAAAAGAGAUUUGAUAUUACCAAUGGUAUUGCUAGAGGACUUCUUUAUCUUCACCAAGAUUCACGGUUUAGGAUUAUCCAUAGAGACUUGAAAGCUAGUAACGUCUUGCUUGAUAAAAAUAUGACUCCUAAGAUCUCCGACUUUGGGAUGGCAAGGAUCUUUGGACCUGAUGAGACAGAAGCUAACACAAGGAAGGUGGUUGGAACUUACGGCUACAUGGCUCCAGAGUAUGCAAUGGACGGGAUAUUCUCGAUGAAGUCGGAUGUUUUCAGCUUCGGGGUCUUGCUUCUUGAGAUUAUAACUGGCAAGAGGAGUAAAGGAUUCUACAACUCUAACCGUGACCAUAACCUCCUUGGUUUUGUGUGGAGAUAUUGGAAGGAAGGAAAAGGGAUAGAGAUCGUUGACCCGAUUAUCAUAGAUGAUUCAUCAUCAGCACUACUCUGGACACAUGAAAUUUUAAGAUGUAUACAAAUUGGUCUCUUGUGUGUUCAAGAACGUGCUGAAGACAGACCAGUGAUGGCGACUGUUAUGGUGAUGCUUGGGAGCGAAACUACGGCUAUUCCUCAGCCUAAACGGCCCGGUUUUUGCGUUGGGAGAAGUCUUUUUGAGACUGAAUUGUCGUCAAGUACACAGCGCGAUGAUGAUUUGACAGUGAACCAAAUCACUCUCUCAGUAAUUGAUGCCCGGUAAUUUGAACGUUACCGAGAUAAUCUGUGUAUAUGUAUAUCAAUUGCUAUUUUGCUAUGUAAUAAUUAAUAGCGCAUUUUUUACUACUUGAUCUUCAAUAACUUGCUCUAUAUAAUUUAGUUUUGGAACA